CGCGUUGUGACCGUUGGCGCACGCUCCCAUUCGGACUCUUCUCCUUCGCGAGAAACGAGGGACCCACCCAGCCCAGAACCAACAGCAAGCAACUGGUCCCCGAAUAGAGGCAGCGACGCCCGAAGAGCGAAAAGAGACCCCAUCGCCAAGGGAGCUUCCGACGCCACCCAAAGAUUCGUGCCGAUCGGGACGCGAUAUACAGUACUGUGCUGUCCAAAAGACCCCCCCAGAGUUGAUCUUCGAAAGUCAUCACCACGCCCCCACCACUAAAAUGCGUCUUCCAGCCCCCUCCGCCUCCGCCUCCGCCUCCCACUCGCAUUCCCACUCGCACUCCUUAUCCGCACACCCAUCCCUUUCCCUCUCGAAAGAAACCGUCCUAGCCCAUCUCGCCGCGCAAGGGUUCCAACCCACAGCCCUGCCCGAGGGGAUGCUGGACGAGUUUAUGGCGGAGAUGGAGACUGUGUAUAAGGAGGAGAGGUUACGGAGGGAGAUUCGGAGGGAGGGUGAAAGGUGGGAGGCAUGGGAGGUUGGGGGUGAACGGAGUGUGGAAGGGAUACAGCGGAAUGGGAAUGCAAAUGGGAAUGCGAGGGGUGUCAAGUGGCGGGUUGAGCAGGAGGAGGAAGAGGAGGGUGUGAAGGUCUUGCCUGUGCGUCCGAGAGGCAAGGCGGACGUGAUAAGAACGGGGACGACACACCCACCGACACGCGCACAGAAUCCCAAACCACACCCACAACGAAUCCGCGCACCCGCUUCACGCACCACCACCUCUACUCUUCGAUCCACUUCCACCACUUCCACUUCCACUUCCGCCCACCACCACCCGCAACCACAACGACCACCACCACGCGAACAGCCAUCAUCCAUAUUGACGGCAUCGCAGUUACCGCCCGCGGACCCAGCAACGUAUCAAAUGACGAUCAUCGAGCAGCUCGCCGCGCUGGAUUUGUCGAGGGUUAAGGCAACUGUGGCUAAGCAAAGGGAGCGGGAACGGGGUGGUGGGAGGGGAUAUGCACCGAGGGGGCAAACCAGGAAUGAUCACGGAGAGGAGGAGUAUGACGCGACGUACGAUGAUGAUGCUCGGACUGGGGAGACUGGGGAGGAGUCUAGGGACGAGGACGAGGAGUACACGAGGGAGUAUGCGAGUGGGGAGGAGGCGACGGGCGAUGAGGAAGCGGUGUAUGAUGAUGAUGAUGAAGAGGAGGAUGUGGAUGAAGAGUCGUCGUACAUCACCACACCGACGUUCACCACAGUCGCCGAGGAGUCGCGGUAUCCCCGUUAUCGCACCGGAUUCAUCUACGUCAACCCAAACCCCGCCCCACCCCGCAAACACGACCCGGUCGCCCGCUUCCACCAACACCGCGCCCGCUGGGCCCGCGACGAGUUCCUACAACGGCUCGGGCCGUGGACGUGGAGUGUACGCAAUGGGGAGAGGGGGCCUAUGCGGCAUGGUGGGUGUAGUAGUGCCGUGUCGUCGAUGUCGAAUACGGUGGGAGGGGGGUUUGGGGGGAAUGCGGCACGAAGGGUGGGUGGGAUGGUCACUGCUGCGCCGGGGGCGAGGGGAGGGGCGGGGCCAGGGAAGAAGAGGGAGGUGAGGUCGAGGUAUGCAGUUAAUGAGUAUGUCGUACCCACGGCAAAGAAACGGAACGAUAUCAUUUGGGAUACGCGGAAUCGGAUGGCGUACAUGCGAUGAACACCAAUGCGAUGCUUGGCCCCUGCUCCUUCCCCACAUCAGCCCCCUUUCACGGAUCGGUCGCACGCGCGAUACACCUCAGGAGGGAGCAUAGAGAUGUGAUGGUCGGGAGUCACGUAUUCC